AUGGCUUCAAACAACAACUUGUUACAGCCCCAACUUCCAAAGUUUACAGGGAAGAAUUAUAGUCAAUGGAGCAUCCAAAUGAAGGUGUUGUAUGCUGCUCAAGAUUUGUGGGAGGUGGUUGAAAAUGGCUUUGUGGAGCCAAAUGAUCAAGCAAUCCUCACUCAACAACAACUCACAGAGCUGAAGGAGACACGUAAGAAGGACAAAAAGGCUUUAUUCUUUAUCUUUCAAGCAGUGGAUGAAGCUAUCUUUGAAAGAAUCUCAUCAUGCACUACAUCAAAACAGGCGUGGGACACUCUCUUUGCAUCAUAUAAAGGAGAAGAAAAAGUGAAGAUGGCAAGACUGCAAACUCUAAGAGGUGAGUUUGAUAUGUUACGUAUGAAGGAGUCAGAAUCUGUUGAAGACUAUUUCAAUCGUGUCAUUUCUCUAGUCAACCAACUGAGAAUUAAUGGAGAAAAAAUUGAAGAUCAGAGAGUUGCUGAAAAUAUUCUUCAAAGUAUGUCCCGAAAGUUUGAAUAUAUUGUGGUGGCAAUUGAAGAAUCCAAAGAUCUGUCUACUUUGUCUCUUGACAGUUUAAUGGGUUCUCUUCAAUCCCAUGAGUUACGACUGAAGCAGUUUGACUCUGGCCCUGUUGAGCAAGCUUUUCAAUCUCAAGUCUCAUUCAGAGGAAGUUCUAGAAGAGGAGGAGGCGGCUUUACUCGUGGACGAGGAAGAAAUAAUCAAGGACGUGGCUAUGCAAAUGACCAGAAAGAAACUAAUGAUGAAGGCUCUGCACGAGAUUAUGGUUAUCCAAGAGGAAGACGGGAUUAUGGUUAUCAAAGAGGAAGAGGAGAUUAUGGUUUUCCAAGAGGAAGAGGAGAUUAUGGUGGUUAUUCAAGAGGAAGAGGAAGAGAACAAGGUUCCUCUCUUUCUAAUAUUCAGUGCUACAAUUGCAAGCAAUAUGGGCACAUCAAGUCAACAUGCAAAAACAAAACAAAUGGAGGAGCCGAAUCAAGCUUUGUGCAUGAAAAAGCUUCUGAAAGGGAAAAUGAUAAUGUGGUUCUACUUGCAUAUGCAGCUGCCAGGGAAGGAAACGUGUGUGCAGAAAAAUGGUAUCUUGAUAGCGGAUGUAGUAAUCACAUGACAGGCAACAAAAGUGCCUUUGUCAAUUUCAAGCAUACCAACAACUCAGAAGUAAGGAUUGGUGAUGGUGGAAAGCUAGUGGCCAAAGGAUGUGGAGAUAUUCUUUUUCUGUCCAA